CAGCAGUAUGACAGUUGAUUUCAGUUGAUUUGUGGUAGUGAUGUUGACGUGACGUGAUAUAUUACAUAUCGCAAUAGAGAUCUAAUGCUCGGCUCAUAAUUAAUAUAAAAGUUGCAUCCAUUGUUAAUAAUUGUGAUUCCAAUCGUCAAUAUCAGUUGUCAAUUUGGAGAUCACAGCAGGAAAAAAAAUUAGAGCAGACUGGAAAAAUGCGCAAGUAAAUCCAAGCCUAUAGGAUAAAUUAAAACAGUAUUUACAUACCAACAACUCAAGGAUUUUCAAUUGACAAUUGACAAUUGACAUUUACGGCAACGCAUUAAAAACGUCGUCGAGUCAUCGAGUCGUCGAGUUGUGGAUUGUCGUGGAUGUAGACACUCUUAAAAACCACAUGAGUCAUAUGAUAACAGUUUAUUUAUUAUAAUAUAAUAUCGCCAGUAUCAUAAUACUAUUAAAGUAUUGUCUGCUAAGUGGAUUACUCGCCUCAGAUAUUUAUUUCAAUAAUUUUCAGUAUUUGAGUAAUAAAUAACUAAAAAUAUGUCGUUUUUUGGAGUAAACGUCAAUCCGUUUUCGACUCCUGUGGGUCAAAAAAUAGAGCAAGCUACGGACGGUAGUUUACCCAGCGAAAACUGGGCUCUUAAUAUGGAGAUAUGCGACAUUAUUAAUGAAACAGAAGACGGCCCGCGAGACGCGAUUAAAGCUAUUAAAAAACGCCUCGGUCAAGCUGCUGGAAAAAAUUAUACUGUGGUUUUAUACACACUUACUGUUUUAGAAACAUGCGUUAAAAACUGUGGAAAACGUUUUCACACACUAGCUUGUUCACGUGAGUUUAUAUUGGAGCUUGUAAAGAUGAUUGGACCAAAAAAUGAACCACCAACAGCUGUUCAGGAAAAAGUAUUAAGUUUAAUUCAGACAUGGGCUGAUACUUUUCGUCAUCAACCUCAUACGCAAGGUGUUGUCCAAGUUUACCAGGAAUUGAAGGCUAAAGGAAUGCAAUUUCCAAUGACUGAUUUAGAUGCCAUGGCUCCUAUUAUUACACCAGAACGGAGUGUACCGGAAGUAACGUCCAGUCCCAGCAUUACCCAAGGAAACGAGCGUAUAAGUGUUGCUGGAUGUGAUGCAACUGCUCUACAACAUCAAGCGCAAAUUCAAGCAUUGCAGCCUGUUCAAUUGUCAGAUCAAUUGAUAGCAAAAUUACGAAGUGAGCUUGAGAUUGUCCAGGGCAAUAUGCGUGUCCUUGCUGAAAUGCUUCAUCACUUUACAAACCCAGAGCAACAGAAGCCUCUGCAGAUCGUUGAAACUCGCCCCGACCCUGCGGAUUUGGAGCUAAUGCAGCAGCUUUAUGCGACUUGUAAAGCAAUGCAAGAGCGAGUCGUUGAUUUAAUCGGUCGUCUUGUCGACGAUGAAAUGACUGCUGAGUUAUUGCGUAUAAAUGACGAGUUAAAUAAUCUGUUUUUGAGAUACUCGCGUUAUACAAAAAAUAAAACAGUCCCAGCGGCAAGUGCAAUUCUCGCCCAGACAUUAGGCCCGCCAAGUCAAGUACCGCAUAAGCGGCAAGAACAAUCACUUAUUGAUCUUGACGAGGACUCUGUUAAUGCAUUAGAGGGUGCUAUAGGAGAAAUAGGUAUUUCUGAUAUGGCUGAUGGUCGAGACAAGGGAGUGCCUUCUAAAAAUAAACGAGAAGAUUUAUUAGAAAGUGAUGAAUUUGAUAUGUUUGCCCAGUCUCGGAAUGCUACUUAUGAGUCAACAAAAAAUGCCGGAAGUAAAUACGAAGAUAAUAUCGAAGAUUUGAGCGGUAAUGGAAGUCUAAGUUCAGCAAUUUUAAGUCGUGGGUCUAGUUUAACACAACCAACGGCAAUCGGAGUUGCUGGAGCUGGAGCUGGAGCUGGUGCUGGUGCUGGUGCUGGAAGAAUUGCCUCAAAUCGAGAAUCUGAUUUCAAUGAAAUGGCAGCGUGGCUUGACGAGAGCGCGACUCCAAAAGAACAGGGCGACCAAGAGUCACUAACAUCUUCGGAAUUUGAAAGAUUUUUAGCCGAACGGGCAGCUGCUGCAGAGGCUUUGCCCAAUUUACCUACAGUUACCACCGCGCCCAGCACAACGACAUCGGGGACUAACAUUCAGCGACAGAUAAACAAAGAUCAAGACAAAUCACUAUUUGCACUCUGAAUUGAUUAUUGUUGUUGUUAUUAUUAUUAUUAUUAUUAUUCUUUAAGUUAUUCGUGAUAAUGAUAACCGAGACAAAAAUCAAUUUACAUCAUAAUCUCUUAACUUAACACAUAAUUAAGAUAUCGAAUAUCGUUGCUUUGCUUUUACGUACUUACUUUAAAUGAAUCAACUAAAUUCAUUCAAUGAUC